CUCCUCCUCAUUCUCCGGUGUCAAAGUUGACAUCAGCCCCGGAGCCGAGUUGAACGCGAGCCUCUUGUCUGAACCAAAGAGCGAACUCACAUCAUUCAGUGGCGCAUGCUUUACGGAGAUAUGUACCUCGCGCUGUCUUGCCCUCUGAACUGCCUGCCGUCAUGGAUUGCAAACCGCGCGCGAAACCAAUACUACUUUUUAUUUUACUGUUCAUCUUGUCGUUUAUUCGCUCAGCACUUCUGACCAUCCACCCGUCCAAUGAAGUGAACCUGUUGGACUCCAAAGCCAGCCAGGGGGAGCUGGGAUGGAUCUCCUACCCAUCACACGGGUGGGAGGAGAUCAGCGGAGUAGACGAGCACUACACUCCCAUCAGGACCUUCCAGGUGUGUAACGUGAUGGAGUACAGUCAGAACAACUGGCUGAGGACCAACUGGAUCCCCCGCCAGUCGGCCAAGAAGAUCUACGUGGAGCUAAAGUUCACCCUGAGAGACUGUAACUCCAUCCCCCUGGUCCUGGGGACCUGCAAGGAGACCUUCAACCUGCUGUACCUGGAGACGGAUGAGGACCAGGGCAGCCGCUUCAGAGAACACCAGUUCUCCAAGAUCGACACCAUCGCUGCAGAUGAGAGCUUCACUCAAAUGGACCUGGGGGACCGCAUUCUGAAGCUCAACACGGAGGUCCGGGAGGUGGGGCCUCUUACCAAGAAGGGCUUCUACCUGGCGUUCCAGGACGUGGGGGCGUGUGUGGCGCUGGUGUCAGUCAGGGUCUACUUUAAGCUGUGCCCGUUCAUCGUUAGGAACCUGGCCUCAUUCCCUGACACGGUGCCCAUGGACUCUCAUUCAUUGGUGGAGGUGAAGGGCUCGUGUGUCAAUCACUCCAAGGAGCAGGAGCCACCACGUAUGUACUGUAGUACAGAGGGAGAGUGGCUAGUGCCCAUAGGGAAGUGUCUGUGUAACGUCGGCUAUGAGGAGAGAGGGAGCUCCUGCCAAGCAUGCAGAGCAGGGUUCUAUAAGUCUCUGCUGGGUAACGUCCAGUGUUCUAAGUGUCCACCUCACAGCUUCACCCAUCAUGAGGGAGCGUUACACUGUGGCUGCGAGAAAAACUACUUCCGCGCUGAUGGAGACCCGCCAUCUAUGGCCUGCACACGUCCUCCCUCCGCUCCUCGUAACGUGAUCUCAGUCAUCAAUGAGACCUCAGUGAUUCUGGACUGGUCCUGGCCGGAGGACACGGGAGGUCGUAAGGACGUUACCUUCACCGUGCUGUGUAAGCGCUGCAGGCCUGGCCAGAGGGUGUGUGAGGCGUGUCGCAGUAAUGUGCGGUUCCUCCCCCGUGCUGCAGGCCUGCAGAACACUACCGUAACCGUGGGAGACCUGCUGGCUCACACCAACUACACUUUCGAGAUUGAGGCUCAGAAUGGAGUGUCCCAGUUAGCCCCAACCAUGAGGCAAUAUGCUGCUGUGACCAUCACUACCAACCAAGCAGCCCCUUCUCCAGUGACUGUAAUCAGGAAGGAUCGUACGUCUCGUAACAGCAUUUCUCUGUCCUGGCUGGAACCAGAGAGACCCAACGGCAUCAUACUGGACUACGAGGUCAAAUACUACCAGAAGCAGGAGCAGGAGACCAGCUACACCAUCCUGCGCUCUAAGGGUUGUAACGUGACGUUAAGCGGUCUGAAGGCAGACACCUCCUACCUGCUCCAGAUCAGGGCCAGGACUGCAGCAGGAUAUGGAGCCAGCAGCAGGAGCUUUGAGUUCGAGACCAGCCCUGACUCAUUCUCUAUCUCCAGUGAGAGUAGUCAGGUGGUGUUGAUAGCCAUCUCCUCUGCUGCGGCCAUCAUCCUGCUCACUGUCCUCCUCUACAUUGUGAUUGGCAGGUUCUGUGGCUACAGGAGGUCUAAACACCCUGACGAGAAGAGACUGCACUUUGGCAAUGGACACUUGCGUCUGCCAGGUAUAAGGACCUACGUAGACCCUCACACCUAUGAAGACCCCAGUCAAGCCGUCCAUGAGUUUGCCAAGGAGCUGGAUGCUUCCUGUAUCGCCAUCGACAAGGUGGUGGGAGCAGGUGAGUUUGGGGAGGUGUGCAGCGGUCGUCUGCGUCUGCCCAGUAAGAAGGAGAACUGUGUGGCCAUCAAGACUCUGAAGGCAGGAUACACCGACAAACAGAGGCGGGACUUCCUGUCUGAAGCGUCCAUCAUGGGACAGUUUGACCAUCCAAACAUCAUCAGGCUGGAGGGAGUGGUCACCAGGAGUAAACCUGUGAUGAUAGUAACUGAAUACAUGGAGAAUGGAUCCUUGGACAGCUUUCUGAGAAUCCAGUUGGUGGGCAUGCUGCGUGGCAUUGCAUCGGGCAUGAAGUACCUGUCUGACAUGGGCUACGUCCACAGAGACCUGGCCGCCCGCAACAUUCUGGUCAACAGCAACCUGGUGUGUAAGGUGUCUGACUUCGGCCUGUCCAGAGUCCUGGAGGACGACCCAGAGGCUGCUUACACCACCACGGGAGGUAAGAUCCCUAUCAGGUGGACAGCUCCAGAGGCCAUCUCCUACAGGAAGUUCUCAUCAGCCAGCGAUGCCUGGAGCUACGGAAUCGUCAUGUGGGAAGUGAUGUCAUACGGGGAGCGGCCUUACUGGGAGAUGUCCAAUCAGGACGUGAUCCUGUCCAUAGAGGAGGGCUACCGUCUCCCUGCUCCUAUGGGCUGCCCCGUGGUUCUACACCAGCUGAUGCUACACUGCUGGCAGAAGGAGAGGAGCCAGAGGCCCAAGUUCACUGACGUGGUCUCCUUCCUGGAUAAGCUGAUCAGGAACCCCAGCAGCCUGCUGGCCCUAGUGGAAGAUAUACAGGGUCUAGCAGAGUCCCCAGGAGAGGUGGUGGACUACCCCAUGUUCAUCUCCAUCGGGGAUUGGCUGGAUUCCAUCAAGAUGAGCCAAUACAAGAGCAGCUUUGUGGCAGCAGGAUUCAGCACACUGGACUCUGUGGCCCAGAUGAGCAUUGAAGACGUGCGGAGGAUCGGGGUGGUGUUGAUUGGCCACCAGAGGAGGAUCGUCAGCAGCAUACAGACCCUCCGACUGCAGCUACUACACCAACAGGAGAAGGGCUUCCAUGUAUGAGACCUUAGAACGGACAGACAGACGGACAGACAGCCACAGCCUGUGCCUCAGUCUUCACCCCUCAGACAGACCGUCUCAGCCUGGAGGCCUCUCUCAGACAGACUACGACACAUUUGGACCUCGAUGUAGAACCUCAAUAAAGCCAGACUGUUUUGUACACCUGAACCUGCAUCAGCCAGAGACAGAACAGCAGAGACAGAGACAGGACUCUGAGAGACACACUGUCCCUGGCUCCCCCUGGGGAAUGUAUGCCUUGUUGCAGCAUCAGUACUUAUUAUACAGUAGAGCUGUAGAUUUGGGAAUGUACAUUUUCUCUCCAUGUUUUUGUGACCAUGAUGUAGCUGCUAACAGAUGAGCAAUCAAAAGGAUUGUCCUUAAAUAAUAUGAUGUGAAUUAUUUUGGAGUUUGAUAAGUAAGCGUCAUCAUAAGGUAUUCUUGUUGCAUUAUUUAACCUCUCCAGAGUAUCUGGGUAUGCUAAUACUUGAAGAAAACGAAAAGACAGUUUUUGAAGUGCAGAGGAUUUCUGAAUGUUUUAAGUGUAUAGACAAUUUAUCGAUUAUAAUCCUAAACUAAUAUUUAUAUAUGUGCAGUCCUGUAUGUGAGCGCCCUAGUAAAUCUGGAUGUUAUCUCUUUAUUUACCAUUUUAUUGAAAUCAGCAAUAUAUGCAGUCGUCUCAGUAACUAAGAUAAGAGAAAUAAAUAAAUGAUACUCUCUUAUGGACCUACAGACAUUGAGAGCAGAUUGUCAGCAAAUCUCAACAGACUGUGUAACAUGCUAACAUGCCAACUACACAGUGCGGUCGUGCAAUGCUAAAGACUUAUGGAAGUUGUUGGGGAAAAAUGUACAGUAUAUAGUAUGAGGGGAACUCAAGGCAGUUGGGCAUACAGUAGUUGGUUUCAUUAUAUGUUUUUGUGGUCAAGACUCACGUGUAUUCCAAGAUAGAGAGAGACAGGUAUGUUCUGCAGGUUGACAGACACAUAGAGACAGCAGCACCAGAGUAAUAUCUCUUUGUCUCUAGAAGGCCCUCAACAGCAUUAUAAUAACCCAUGAGCCUCUCCAGAUCCACACUAACGCAGGUGGUUCGGUGAACCACGAAAACAUAGGCCUGAAACUUGAAGACUUGCGUUAGCUAAUGCUUAGGCUUUAACUCGGCAGGCUAACAUAGUCUUGUGGAGCACAGACGACCCAGGUUCAAACCCAGUCGGUCACACACACACACCUACAAUACAGUAUGCAGUAUGUUCUGGAGCAGGAGUGUACCUGAGGAGCCUGUACGGCCUGUAAGGCUGGUGGGAGGAGCUAUAGGAGGACGGGCUCACUGGAAUGGUAUCAAUGGAACGGUAUCAAACAUACUUGGAACCACAUUUCACUCCAUUCCAAAAUUCCAUUACAACCAUUACAAUGAGCCAGUCCUCCUAUAACUCCUCCAACCAGCCUUCACUGCUGUACAGAGUAGGAGGAAUUUGCCCCCAGACAGUGAUCUAACGUCAGUUUAAUAUUUUACCCCCUAAUGGUUGAGGUAAGAAUUGAGGUACGCUAAGCUGAUCCUAGAUCUGUGGUUCGGAACAACUUCUAAAUGGAGCGCACCUGUCCAGCAGGUGUUCACAGACAGAGCGUUCAGGUGUCCCUCAGAGGGGAGGACACACACACACACACUUCCCUCCUCCUGGAAGGAGAGAUUAGAUCAGGCUGUUUAGCAUGUCUUACUGCUGAGCAACGGGAGAAUGCUCUUUUGUACAAAGUACAAGUGUACUUAUAAUUCUAGUAUUUUAUUUUUCUAUCAUUUCCAGAGAGACGUGGUAGAUCUUGCACACUGUAAGAGGCAGUUUAAAACUGAUAUUUAUUUGCAAAUAAAGGUGAACAGUUCUGGUGGUUAGAAGUAGUCUUUUUAUUACUGACUGUUUCGUUGUAUGUAAAGUGUGUUCUGAUGCAUAGUUUAAUGGAACUGUUCUAUUAGAUGAUGCCUCCCCCAGUACUGUUCCAUCAAACUAUGACUCCCCAUGAGAAGAGUAUCUGGUUGAACAUGGCUGGAAGUCUUGUGUCCGCCAGUGGCAUAAGGUACUUUUUUUGCCCUCAAAGUAGCCUGUGAGGCAGCCCUUGUUUAAGCAACUACGCCCAUUCUUCCACAUCAGCCAAUCAAAUUCAAAUACAGUAGAAAACGUUCAAGUCCGCUCCAGCAAGAAUAACCAUUUUCCACAGUGACAUUCAAAGCUAGCACAUAAAAAGGUAAGCACAUGGCAUCCAAAAACACUGAAAAAAAACAUAUUAUACUGACUAACCUAUAAAACACUGAAAUGGCUAGACUAUUUCCAAAUUAUACAGGCUGACAUAUACUGUAGAUUUGCUAAACUGCUUUGCUGGUUAGUUACCUUUUUUAUCACUCCAGUGUUAAUCUG